AUGAGCGAAAAGAACGCGACGAUGACGCACCUCAAGCAGCGCCGCGCCAAGAUCGAGGCCGACGCGGCGGAGAUCGAGCGUCAGGUGUACGACCUCGAGACGUCGCUGCUCACCGAUCACAGCUCGGGAGGAAACGUCCUCAGAGGGUUCGAACUGGCGCUGGCGCAGAGCAAACAGCAGGCGCAGAAGAGGGUGAAACCGUUCAAGACGGAGGAGCGGACGUUCAGCGUGAGCAGCGCGAGCUCGCAGGUGGUGGAGGAGUUGGCGGCGGAGGCGGAGCAAAUCAGAACGACGGCGAGCGGAAGGUUGGCCAAGGCGCCGACGACGUUCAAGUAG